GGUGGCCUUGGGUGGCCGGGUCUGCGCCGGGGACAGGGGGAAUUGGGUCCAUUAACAGGUUGCGACGGGCGGGUGGUCCGCGGUGCUCUUGGCACCCGCGUUUUCGGCGCUGAGGCAAAACCCAGUUCUUCAGUAUCUGAGGAUGGAUAAAGACUUCCGCUACUACUUCCAGCACCCGUGGUCUCGCUUAGUCGUGGCUUAUUUAGUGAUCUUCUUUAACUUCUUAAUAUUUGCUGAGGACCCAGUAUCUCACAGCCAAACGGAAGCCAAUGUUAUUGUUGUUGGUAAUUGUUUCUCCUUUGUAACAAAUAAAUACCCUGAAGGAGGAGGCUGGAGAUUUUUGAAGGUGUUUCUGUGGCUCCUUGCCAUUCUCACAGGACUGAUAGCUGGGAAAUUUCUCUUCCAUCAGCGCUUGUUUGGUCAGUUGCUCCGUCUGAAAAUGUUUCGAGAGGACCAUGGGUCUUGGAUGACGAUGUUCUUCAGUACCAUCCUCUUCCUCUUCAUAUUUUCUCACAUUUAUAACCUGUUCCUCAUUAUGGCAGGGAAUAUGAGUGCAUACAUUAUAACAGACUUCAUGGGCAUCAGGAAUGAAAAUUUUAUGAAGGUAGCUGCAGUUGGGACUUGGAUGGGAGAUUUUGUCACAGCGUGGAUGGUCACAGAUAUGAUGCUUCAGGAUAAACCCUACCCAGACUGGGGAAAGUCUGCCAGAGCUUUCUGGAAGAAAGGAAACAUUAGGAUCAUUUUAUUCUGGACGGUUCUGUUUACUCUGACCUCUGUAGUUGUGCUUGUCAUCACUACUGACUGGAUCAGCUGGGACAAGCUGAAUCGUGGAUUUCUGCCAAGUGAUGAGGUUUCAAGAGCCUUCUUGGCUUCUUUCAUCUUGGUGUUUGACCUUCUUAUUGUCAUGCAGGACUGGGAGUUUCCACAUUUUAUGGGUGAUGUUGAAGUGAAUCUUCCAGGCUUGCCAUCAGCACACAUGCAAUUCAAAGUACCUUAUUUCCAAAAGAUACUGAAGGAGGAAUAUCACAUACAUAUAACAGGUAAAUGGUUUAACUAUGGAAUUAUCUUCCUUGUUUUAAUCUUGGAUCUGAAUAUGUGGAAGAACCAAAUAUUUUACAAACCUCAUGAAUAUGGUCAAUAUAUCGGUCCUGGACAGAAGAUCUACACAGUGAAGGACUCGGAGAGCUUGAAAGACCUCAACAGAACUAAGUUAUCUUGGGAGUGGAGAUCCAAUAACACGAACCCACUGACGAACCGGACCUAUGCCGAAGGGGACAUGUUCUUGCACAGCAGGUUCACAGGCUCUAGCCUUGAUGUCAAAUGCCUGGCUUUUAUUCCAAGUUUGCUGGCUUUUGCUUUGUUUGGUUUCUUCAUCUGGUUCUUUGGGCGAUUUCAGAAAACUGACCAAGGCAUGGAGAAUUUAGACAAAUCAUACACAAGAAUGAAACGAAAGUCACCAUCAGAUAUGGGAAUGACACGAGAAAAUACACAGGUGUUAGAAGAACCAUUAAAUUUUCAAGAACCACACCUGGUAUCCAUAAAAUCAGACUUAAGCGAAAUAGUUUUUAAUUCUUCUCUUCUAACUUCUGAAAACUUGAACGCACAACUGAAUGAACAAGACAGCCCUUUACAGCCAGUACCAGAGUCCUCUGUCCCUAAGAAUAAUCCUGUGUCAUAGAGGAAAAUACCCAGGAAAAUAAGUUUAAAUAAGCAGUUACUCUAAGAUUUCAGUUUUACCUUUUGUAAGUUAAGAUUUACAUAGUGUUUAGAAUAAGAAACUCAACCUAUGCCAAGAGGUGCUCAGCAUGCUUUUUCUAGGAAUUUUGGUUUUUAUUUGUAUUAUAGUACGUGCCUAUUGUAUAUCUAACAUUCCUUUAUAGAUUGCUUCCCAAAAUUGCACAAGCUAUUUAUUAAUACAUUACCUUAACUGUAUAAUAGUGUAUUAGAUGAUUACUUGCAGGUAUAAAAUUCUACCGUGGUGGUGCCUUGAGACAUUAAACUGUUUUUUAACUCAACACCAGGUGUAUAGCACAGUUCUUCUCAUCUCUUUUGCAAAGCUUUUUGUAUAUGGUUGUUUCAAGUGUCAUUUGAUGUCUUGACAGAGGAGAUAAAUAUAGUUAUAAAGAAGGUUUUCUGUUAGGAUACCA